AUGUUGAAGCACACGCAAAUCGCAAGCGCAACGUCGGAAGUAUCUGUUGCCUUAUUCCCGACAAGAAAUCGUAACAAAAACGUUCGCAAGCCUCUCAAAGACCCCCUGCGCCCAAUCGGCUUACGCUAUGAAUACAUGGCAGAGCAGAAGACGCACCUCACCCUGUAUCCAGUCGGCAGUGCCGUCUCCGAAUGCGCCUAUUCCAUCCAAGAUGAGGAUGGCGCCGUUCUCUUCACCGUCAGCGGGCGAAGAUGUAGCCCGCAUUGCUGCCGGGAGGUGCGAGAUCAAUCAGGGCUACCCUUGUUCGAAAUCCAUCAACGAUCGCGCUGGGUGCGCAAUGCAUGGUCCGUAUCCCUUCCCGGUUGCCGGACGAACCCCAUCGCCGUCGGUCGGCGCAGUCUCGGCGGAGAUAUGCAUCUGGAGCUAGAGAACUUGUUAGAGGUAGAUUGCAACGUGAAGGACCGCAAUUUACCCAUCGACCUCGAGAGUCAUGGCCGGGUUCUAAAGAUGUAUGACGUGGUGGAUGGAAACCGUAGAAUACUGGAAAUCAAAGAGAGUAUUCGGUAUAAUAAGAAAUUAGCGUUGCUGUCCAUCUGCAAGGCGGGAUAUCGGCCUGCCAUGGAUAUGGUGAUUAUGCCAGGCGUGGAUAUGGCCAUGGCGGUAGCGAUUGCGGUGGUUGUAUCUGCAUCGAGUUUUCCGGCCAACCGGAGUUGCUAG